AUGUCACAAGGAGACUCCAUCACAACAUCACACAGCGACAGCACCGAGAAGCGUCAUGACAGCACAACUAACAUCCUCUCGGCUGUGCCACCACAGGUUGAGGACGUAAAGUCGUUGUCAUCAAAGAAGAAGAGAUCGACCUAUCGCCACACGUUCCCAGUCCACACCAAGUCCCUCCCCAGCCCGUUGUCUAAGGAGGCCCCCCCUGAGAGCUACCGCGGCUUUGUCAACCUUGGCAUGCUGCUGCUGUUCGGAAACAACAUCCGUCUGAUUAUCGAAAACUAUCAAAAGUACGGAUUCUUGCUGUCGAUUCCUGGAUCAAACGUAUCAAAGCAGGACUGGAUCCUUGCCGGCCUGGCCCAUGCAAUCCUCCCCCUCCAUGUCAUCAUCGCCUACCAGCUGGAACAGUGGGCUUCGCGCAAGGCCAAUGGAUUCCGUAAGCGUCUCGCUGACCAAAAGGAGAACCCUACCACCAAAGACGACGAGGACAAGAAGGCGGUCCCAGCAGGAGACAGAGUCCGAGGCAGUAAGAAGGAUAAGAAAGCCCUCACACUGGAGGAACAGAUCAAGGAGGAACGAAAGAUUGUGGGCUGGCUCCACUUUGCGAACGUCUCGUUGAUUCUCGGUUGGCCGUCGUUCAUGUCGUACUUUGUGAUCCAGCACCCCUUCCUGGCGAUGGGUUGUCUGAUGACCAGUUUGAUCCUCUUCCUCAAGAUGGUCUCCUUUGCCCUCGUUAACCAGGAUCUCCGCUAUGCAUACAUCCAUGAUACCCCUGCGACUGAACAGUCGUCACCCCACCUGACAAAGGUCCAUAACGAUACCACCUCAACUACCAACACUACCUCUGACGGCGCCACCACCACCACAACCUUGACCACAACUACUACUGUCGUCAAGACCAUCACCGUCAAGAAGGAUGCUGAGAAACUCGGAGGCGCUUAUCAGUAUGAAGUCCACUACCCUCGAAACAUCACCCUGGGAAACAUUGGAUACUUCUACCUCGCCCCUACCCUCUGCUACCAACCCUCUUACCCACGUUCGACCGUCUUCCGCCCCACGUUCUUCUUCAAGCGCGUCCUCGAGAUUGUCACCUGCCUCGGAAUGAUGUACUUCCUCGUCGAACAAUACGCCACCCCAACCCUCCAGAACUCUGUCCGUGCUUUUGACGAACUGGCCUUUGGUCGCCUCCUCGAACGUGUCCUCAAACUCUCAACCACAUCCGUCAUCAUCUGGCUCCUCAUGUUCUACACCUUCUUCCACGCAUUCUUCAACGCCCUCGCCGAGGUCCUCUAUUUCGGCGACCGCCGCUUCUACCUCUCCUGGUGGAACGCUACGUCUGUGGGCAUGUACUGGAAGACCUGGAACUCGCCCGUUUAUACGUUCUUCAAACGCCACGUCUACCUGCCCAUGAUCACCUCAGGUCACUCGGCCCACACAGCGUCGGUCGUCAUCUUCACCAUCUCGGCUCUCCUCCACGAGGUCCUGAUUGGUAUCCCUACAAAGAUGAUUUACGGAUACGCCUUUGCAGGAAUGUUCUUCCAGAUUCCUCUGAUCGCCAUGACGGCUCCAUUGGAGAAGUGGCGUGGAACUGGUUCAGGACUUGGAAACAUGAUCUUUUGGGUCUCGUUUACUAUCCUUGGACAGCCUGCCUGUGCGCUUCUGUACUACUACCACUGGACCAAGCGCAGCAUGAACGCAUAA